CUUCCCCACAAUAAUAUAUCACAAAUCCGUAUCCUCCUAAAAUUUCACACACACAAAUACACAUUCCAAUAUCUCUUCUCAACAUUGUUAAUGGCCCAUCUGGACCAAAACCUAUGUUGGAGCAGUAUCCCAAACCAAAUAAAAAUAAAGAUGGAAGCUUUUUAUUUUAUUAAGAACAAAAUAAACGUAAGAAGAAAAAGAAAAAGACAUAAAUAGGGAGGAGACAGAAAAAUUCAUCUUCUCGUGUCCAAUCAGAAACCAUAGGCUUUUACAUCAUACUUGCCAAAAAUUCCCUUUUCUUCCUUAUCGGAGUUUCUUACUUCAUGUGAUUCCAUGUAUUUAAACCUUCAAGAAUCGAAAAAAGGAGUGUGGCAAAACCCUCUUGUCUCUUUAUCACCUGUAUGUCUGCGCAGGUUUUUUCUUCCACUUACGGAUUGGAUUUUUGUCAUCUGGGCUUUUGCUUUCUUGGGAGUUUUUGAAUUAUGUAUGGUACCAUGGAUAGAUUGAACCAGAAGGCGAAGAGGGCUUCAGUUGGCUUUGGUCAAUCUCAGAUUGUUGGUGAUGAUGAAUCAAAAGACAAACUCAAAUAUCAAAGUAUUUUGAAAGAACACUUGGAACUGCAAAAGGAAAUUGUUGCAAAGAAGAGAAAAUUGCUGUCUGCCAAGCAAAAGAGAUCAACAAUUUUAGCUGAAGUUAGAUUUUUGAGGCAGAGGCUUAAGAAUUUUUCAAACAUCCAUGUUCCUGAAUCAGAUACACAAAGCAAUGCCUUACAUGGAGAAAGAAAUCACCAUUCGUUUGAAAUUGCACUAGAAAGCCAUUCAAAUGAGAAAAAUAAAGAGGCAGAAGAAACUGUGCGAGUGCAUAAGGACAGUGUGGAGUUCGCUAAAAGACCAAAGAACCCCUUAUAUGCCGAUAGAGGCACUGGCAAGCGAAAAACGGUUUGGCCUGAUAAAGUCGGUUUAAGGUCUAACUCAGUGACAUUGCACUCAUGAGAAAUUUACAUAUAAAUAGAGUCAUUGUUGUUAGUAUUGAUAGUUGCAAUUCGCGCUCAGUGCAAAUGUUUAGGAUUCAUGUUGGAUAAGUUAAACAAAAUUUAAGCUUGUGGAAACUGCAGACAUACAUAAGUGUACAGUUUGUGUCGGUUUAUUGUUUCCAGCUUCAUAUUAUGGAAUUCUUGUGUUUUGCCAAAGUGUUUACAGCUUUAUUUUUUCAAGUUCUUGUUUUUCCUGGG